AUGGAAUUUGAUGAUGCACCUCUUAUGGGAUUCUAUCAAAAAAUUGAGCAUGAGGGUGCCCCUAAGUAUUGUAAGAAUUACAAGAAAAUUGGUCAUAAUAUCAUUGAAUAUAGAGUGCUGGCAAGAAUCAACAACAGAGGAAGUCAUGCUUUGGAUGCUCUAUCUAAUGUACAAGAAAAUGCUAGGGAGGAUGUGGAAAUAAAACAGACUAAUAAUGAAGUCUUGGAGAACAAUUUGCAAACAGAUAAGUUACAACAUGUUAUAGAACAACAAAUAAAUGGAGAACAAGCUAUACAGGAGCUACCCGAAAAAAAGAAUAGGAAGAAAGCAAAUAAGAAGAAGAAAAUGGCAAAAAAGAAAAAUAAAGUGUUGUUCAAAACUGUUGCACCAACGAAGUUCAAGGACAAAAGAAGAAAGGACAAGGCAGAGAUAGCACAAUUACAAGAGGAACAUCAAAAGGAGAAAGAACCACCGGAUAUAAUACAAGAGACACAAGUAGAACAACAAGAGGCAAAUACAAGACUGGAAGCAAGUAAUGAGGAUAUAACACAUAUUAGUGAUACUGAGAAUGGAACAAUGAAUGAGAAAGACAAUGAAAGAAUAAAAGGAAAAGGAAUAGAUGGAAAUGAACAUGAAGAACCAGAGGAAGGAGAAAUACAAUCUUUGACACUGCCUCCAUUCAACAGAGACUCAGCAGGAUUGAAUUUAUUUGUGGAUUUGAGGUGUGAGAUACAAAAUGAUCAAAAGAAGGGAGACAAGAAAACUGAAAACAAAGAUCAAAUGGAAGGGGAAACACCUACAGAAGCUAGGAAACAACAUGUACAGGAAGACAACAAACAACAAAGGAAGACCAAAGGGAAGGAAGACACCAAUAGGGGAAGGAAAGAAAGCAAGAAUGUGGGAAGGAACCAAGCUUUGUCAGUUGACUCAACAGGAUCCAAGAUCAACAGGGAAGAAUGGCAUGACAUAGGGAAGAAGUCUAAAGGAUGGAAAAAACACUACAGAAAUAAGAGGAAGGACCAGAAGCAGGAAGAAAAUCGGGAAAACAAGUACAAAACAAACACCACCACAGGCAUACAAGAAACAAACAAAGAGACAAAGUUCCCCACCCCCUUUAAUCCAUGA